AUGGAAACUUGUAUAUGGGAAUGUGUUCAUCAAGAUAAUUGUCAAACAGCUGUAUAUUAUCAUGAUAAUCACACUUGUCUAUUAUUUGGUGAAAAUUGUCAAAUAGGUAAUAUAACAUCAUCUGGGAACAUUCGAGCAAGUGUCAUUUGUUAUCGAAAAAAUCAAAAUACUUAUUGUCAAGCACUGGUAACAACAAUGACUGUUGCUAUAACAAUGAGUCCUGAACCAAACUGGACAACAACUGGAAUUAUGAAUGUCGCACGUGCAUAUCAUACAGCUUCGAUGUUAGCCAAUGGAACAAUAUUAGUUGCUGGUGGAUGGUCUGGUGGAUUGGUUUUUGGUAGUUAUAACAAGAUCGCUGAAUUAUUUGACCCAUCAACAGGUACUUGGACAUCAACUGGAAAUAUGAAAGUUGCGCGAGGAUAUCAUACUGCAUCGAUGUUAUCCAAUGGAACAAUAUUAGUUACUGGUGGAUGGAAUGGUAUUUAUUCUUUGGAUAUUACUGAAUUAUAUGACCCAUCAACAGGUAUUUGGACAGCAACUGGAAAUAUGAAUGUCGCACGUGCAUAUCAUACAGCUUCGCUGUUAUCCAAUGGAACAAUAUUAGUUACUGGUGGAUGGAAUGGUAUUUCGUCUUUGGAUAGUGCUGAAUUAUAUAACCCAUCAACAGGUAUUUGGACAUCAACUGGAAAUAUGAAUGUUGAACGAGGAUAUCAUACAGCUUCGCUGUUAGCCAAUGGAACAAUAUUAGUUACUGGCGGAUGGACUGGUGGAUUGCUUGGUGGCAGUUAUACCAACACCGCUGAAUUAUUUGAUCCAUCAACAGGUAUUUGGGCAGCAACUGGAAAUAUGAAUGUCGAACGAGGAUAUCACAUUGCAUCGAUGUUAUCCAAUGGAAAAAUAUUAGUUACUGGUGGAUGGAAUAGUGGCGGUGCUCUCAAGAGUGCUGAACUAUAUGAUCCGUUGGCAGGUACUUGGACAGCAACUGAAAAUAUGAACGUUGAGCGAAAGUAUCAUACUGCAUCGAUGUUAGCCAAUGGAACAAUAUUAGUUACUGGUGGAUGGGAUGGUAGUACUUCACUCAACACUGCUGAAUUAUAUUGA